GACAGGCACAGUUCCUGGUCUGACCCCUCCUCAAAGCCCUUCCCGCCCCACCCUCAUCUUCCCCAGGCUCCGGAACUCCGCAGUGAAAUCCGUUGGACGCAGGGACCUAAUAAAUCGGGUCUCCAGGAAAGUGCGGCAGCGGCGCUGGGGCCGGAAGUCGUGUGGUCACGGCCCCCAGGCUGCAGGCCCCGCCCAUGGGUCCUCGACACCUCCUCCUGAUCGCCGCGCUGCUCCUGGGCCGGGCGGAGCCGCCGAGGGCCUCCCUGUUCUGCGGCCGCCUGGAGUACUGGAACCCGGACAACAGGUGCUGCGGCAGCUGCCUGCAGCGCUUCGGGCCGCCCUCCUGCCCGGACCACGAGUUCACGGAGAACUGCGGGCUCAGCGACUACGGCGAUCACCUGGCACACCCCUUCCAAGAGUGCGCUCCCGGGCGGUGCAACCCCGACGGCGCGGAGCUGUGCAGGCCCUGCGGCGUCGAGGCGGCGGCCCCGGUCCCCGCGAGGAGCAGCGGUGGGAGGCGGAGGAGCUGCAGAAAGAGGCGGGUCCCUUCCAGGAAGCCCUGCCGCCUGCCCACCCCGAGCGUCCUCGGCGCCCAGGAACCCAGCCCACCGGCGGUUUCCAGCGCGUCGUGGAGUCCUGAGCGCGGACACACGCCCGCAGGCGAUGUCUCUCUGCGGGCCUUGCAGAGCUUUGCCCUGCCCGUGGUGGUGGUCUCACUCGCCACCUUUUUCCUGAUCCUCCUGCUCGCCGUGGGAAGGCGCUGCUGUCGCCGCCAGAACGCCACCCCCCUCCCCUAUGCAGGCUUGGUUUGCAGCGGCUUGGACACCCUCUUCCCCUUGCACACGUCUUCCCCGGGGUCACUGAAGGCGCCAGAGCUGGGGAACGCACAGAGGGUGGGCUCUCUGCUUCCAGUCCAGGCCCUCGGGCCGCCCACCCUGGCGACGCAGCCGCUGUCUCGCCUCCUGGACGAGCUGGAGGUGCUCGAGGAGCUGAUUGUGCUGCUGGACCCCGAGCCUGGGCCGGGUGGGAGCGUGGCCUGCGGCACGACUCGGCACCUGGCCGCGCAGUACGGGCUGCCCGCCGCCUGGUCCACCUUUGCCUACUCGCUGCGGCCCAGUCGCUCGCCGCUGCGGGCCCUGCUCGAGGUGGUUGUAGCAAGGGAGCCCACCGCCUGUCUGGGCCAGCUUGCCACGCACCUGGCCCGGCUCGGGCGGGCAGACGCACUGCAGGUGUUGUCCAAGCUCAGCUGA